CCUCCCUUCAAUUACGCCUCCGGAAGGAUUGUCGUUUCUGUCCUUUUCCCUUCUUUCUCUUCUCCCUGCCAUUCGCUCCUUGAAGGAGAUUGCUCCACUCACGACAUUUAAUUUGGUCCCUACAUACCCUAAACCAUCAUACACCAUCUCUUUUGCGUCUGUUCAAUUUCCUUUUCCACUUACUCUUCUCCGGCCUGGCUUGCCUUCCCUUUUUUCCCUAUAUUGUUCAAGACGAGGAUUAACCCCCAAUCCCCGAGACAUGUUCAAUCACACAACACAAAACGUCACCAAGAUGCAUGCUCGUCGAAAUCCAAACCUCACCGUCAGUUCCAACGCCAGCUACUCCCAAGUCAGCCCUUCUAUCCGAUCCGCAACCUCGUCCAAUUUCCUCUCGCCAACCGUAGCGACACGGCGGGGUCUACUCUCGCCUUCACCGCCGCCCUCCCCGAAUCUACCGUCUUUGGUUCCCCGUCAUGGAAGAAAGCCGACACCAUCGAACCACACGCAGUUGGUAAAACGCCUGUUGAUAAGUUGCUGCGGUGUAGCAAUUCUGGUAUGGCUGGUCAUCAGACAAGUGUAUGGCCAGCAAGACUCGAUGAUGAUGGCAGAUGGCGGGGAGAAUGGGGAAUGGGAAAUGGUGGGCGAUAGUGUCCUGCCCAAAGAUCCUUCAGCACUGGUGGUGCAGGAUGUCCAAGGGAAGACCAAAUGGACAGUAUCUAUACCGUCAGCUCUGGAUUUCCCCCUCAAACCGGAGCAUUACCGCGACAUAUGCCAUCAGUCCAUGGAGGUGUCGGCUGCCAUACGCCAGGAAGCGCAAAACGGCAAUCCUCUUGCUAAGCGGAUGCUCGGGUAUUACCAGAAAGAUCAGUACUACAUUGACAUCGGCGAGGCCGAAACCCAAAAGCUGUUGCCCCACUCAGUGAGCGAAGGUAGACCGAAUGGAUUCGUGGAUGAUGAGGCUAUGGUAAACAAGGAGAACGCGCUGGGGUUGAAAGUCUGUGACAGGAGUAUGACGUAUGUCAUGGAGACCAAUGAUGCUGGAUUUGGAAACACAAUGAUGAGAUUGUGGAUGAGCUAUGGAUUGGCAAAGGCCGAGAACAGGACCUUUUUCGUGGAUGACACACGGUGGCUCUACGGAAAAUACUCUCACUACUUCGCUCCUCCACCAACUGCCAACUGCUUGCCUCCUCCCAAAUCUCACAUGGUGCCAUGUCCACACAACGCCGCCCAUAUCGUUGUGUCUGGCGCAACAGUCCACUCAACCUUUGGACACCAAUUUGUUGAGGAGUGGGAAGACGCCAGAAAAGUCAACCCAAUCCGACAGCACAAAAUCUUCGCGCUCCUCCGUACCGGCUACGAGGCGCUUUUCAAACUUUCACACGACGACGCCACUUACGUGCUGGAUCGCGCGCACUCGCUGUAUGGCCCCAUCGUAAAAGACCACGGCAUCAGCGUCGGCAUCCACGUUCGCAGAGGCGACAAACACCCUUACGACUACCAAUACUCCAAAGACUACAUCCCCCUGAGCAAAUACAUGGACACAGCGCGCGAAAUUUACAUCGACCGCAUCGAAAACGGCAACAGCAAAUCCAACAACAAAAAACGCAUCCUAACCUUUGCCGAAACCACGCGCCUAGCCGCGCGGCACACGGCCUCCAAGCUCGUCCUCGCCUCGGACGACCCCUUGGUCUACGAAUCCAACGAACUGGGCCCCAACACGGUCCGCGCCCAAGACCGCAUCAUGCUCGCCACCAAGCAAGCCCUCGAAGCCGCGCACGGCAAACCCAACCCCUGGAUCGACGAAAUCACCGGCUGGGAAGGCGGCUUCUACAAGGACGUCUUCUUCAGCCUCGGCCAGCCCGUCGGAAACGCAAACGACAUGUCCAAACUCGACCACAACAACAACGUCCCCGAAGCCGCCAUGAAGCUCCGCGAACUCGUCGGCCGCGCGUACCUCAUGGAUCUCGCGGUGCUGAGUAAGGCGGAUACCGUCGUCUGCACCGUCAGCAGCAUCGGGUGUAGGAUGCUGGCCGUCAUGAUGGGCUGGGAUAGUGCGAUUCUGAAUAACAAUUGGGUCAAUGUCGAUGGUGAUUUCGAUUGGAAGGGCAUUAUGUGGUGA